AUGAACUCAAAUCUACCCUCAAACAAACUUUAUAUCAAGAUUGAUGAUACUAGAUUCAAUGAACAAGACUUGCACGAGUUAUUUGUAAAGUAUGGCAAGAUCAUGAAUCAUUCAUGGAAGGGAGGUUACGGGUUUGUUGAAUAUCAAAGCGAACAUCAAGCUACUGAGGCAAUCAAUCAGUUACAAUCUACAUCGGUAAUGGGAAAGAAGAUAUUCAUUGCGUACUCGAGCUCAAAGGUCGGAAAUAGACAGUCGACACUGCCCGUGCUUCCAAACCCAGCCCCAAACAAUAGAAUCUACAUUGGCUGUGACUUUGAUCUGAUCCACCCGGACCGCAUCACUGGCCUGUUCAACCAGAUUGGCAAGGUGCUCAACACCAACUUCAUCGAGAGGAAGGGCUACGGUUUCAUCGAGUACAGCACCCUUGAGGAGGCCGAGCGCGCCAUCAUCCGAUACAACAACUACAAGAUCGACAACGUAUCCCUGAUGGUCAACUAUGCAACCAUUCCAAACAAUCCUCCCAAGAACUCUUCGUCACCAACAAGAGUUCGAAACAGAUCAAGGUCGAGAUCACUCGAUAGAAUGAACAAACGAACAAGAUAUGGCAGUCCCGUUAGAGGUAGAAGUCCCAAUGGACAUUACUCUCCACAAGGUCCUCCAUCCUUUAACUCAUCUGGUCCAAACAGUGGUGGUCCACCCUCUUCGCAUCACUACCAAGGUGGUAACAACAACAACAACAACAAUAGCAACAACAAUAACAAUGGUUAUAGACAAUCACAAGUUGGUAGUAUGGCCCAGCCACAUAGAGGCAGAUCAAGAAGUAGAAGCAACUCCAAUGAAAGGAAUAGGAGCAUGGCUAUGUCACAUGACAACAACAGACCCCGUUCACCACCACGUCGCAAUCAAUCACCACCCAGAGGAGGAGGCAGCGGCGGCAGCCAAUUCACCUCACCAAAUGGCUCAUUCAACUCACGUGGCUCAAACAAUAACUACCAAACCCCAUCGCCACAAUCCCGAUCAUCCUACUCGUCAAACGAUGUGCAGAGAUCAUCAAACUCUUCCCCAUAUCAACAACAACAACAUCAGAGCAAUGACCGUCAGCCACUUCAUCACCAGCAGUCACAUCAUCAGCAUCAGCAGCAGCAGCAGCAAUCACAUCAUCAGCAGCAGCAGCAUUACCAGCCACAGCAACAACAACAACAACAAUAUCAGAACAAUGAUAGACAAUCAUCAUAUCAACAACAAAAUAGAUAUUCGCCAACUCGCCAGUCGACAUCCCCACAAUCACUGAGUAACAAUCAGUCACAUCACCAACAGCAGCAACAACAACAAUAUCAACCACAACAACAACAACAUCACCAACAACACUACCAACCUCAACAACAACCAACUCAACAACCCCCUCAACCAACUCAAACUCAACCUCAACAACAACAACCAGCAUCGCGUUCAUAUGAUAUCUCACCAUCCCAGCAAAAGCAACAACAACCUGAGAAGAGACUCUCAUUAUCUCGUUCACAGUCUAGAGACAGAUCUCCAAUUCCAUCACCUUCAAUCAACAGCCGCUUGAUGGAGGUAGCCGCGUCCAAUGAAGACACCGACCUCAAUAAGUCCACUCUUGAGAGCGAGAACAAGGACAAGGAGGAGGGCGAGGUGAGGGAUGAUAUCACAUCCCAAGAGGUCCUCGAGGACAAUGACAUUGACGAUGACGAUGAGAAUGAUGACACUCAAGAUGACAUCAACGACGCUGAUGGCCAAGACGACAAUCCAAUUCUCAACAUGUGCGACGAUCAAUCAGAAUUCACACCCGAUCAAACUAUGCAUGAUCAGUCUGCCACCGCGUCCCUCACGCCAUCCAACUCAAAUCUCAGUAGCAUUGCCGCUCAAGACUCUGAGUAUGACAUGGUGGUGGCACCCAACAAUGACAGCAAUGACAACAACAACAAUGACAACAACAAUGACAACAUUGACAAUAACAACAUUCAAUCAAGGUUCAGCGAUAGCCCAGAUGUACCCAAUGGUAGCCUCUCAUCAGUCUCUGAAGCAACCUCUCGUGAUCUUGUUGUUGCUGCUGCUGCUGCUGUUGCCCCUGCUGCUCCAACAUCACAAUCUAGCAAUGUCUCUUCGUCAUACACAACCUCAUCAUCAUCGACCUCGUCAUCAUAUGGCAACAACUACAUCAAGGUCGACAUCCCACCAAGUUCGACCACAACAUCACUGGUACUCACACAGGAACUCUACAAUGAACUGCAGCAUGUUCGUGAGAGUCUGUCAAAGGAGAUAUACAUGUCUAGUCUUAGUCUCGUCAGUCUGUUCGUACAUUUCAUCUUUCAAGCAUCCCCUACUUGUCAAAUGGUGUAA